CCCGGCCAAGGAGCCGGGGGUUCCUUUAGCAAGAAAAAAAGGGGGCGGGAAGGGCCGGGGGGCUAAGCUGUCGGCUCGCCACCAUGAACGUGGUUUUCGCUGUGAAGCAGUACGUCUCCAAAAUGAUAGAGGACAGCGGACCCGGCAUGAAAGUGCUUCUCAUGGAUAAGGAGACGACUGGCAUAGUGAGUAUGGUAUACACGCAAUCGGAGAUUCUUCAGAAGGAAGUGUACCUUUUUGAACGUAUUGAUUCUCCAAAUCGAGAGAUCAUGAAACAUCUAAAAGCAAUUUGUUUUCUUCGACCUACGAAGGAGAAUGUAGAUCAUCUGAUUCAGGAGCUCCGAAGACCCAAAUAUAGUAUAUAUUUUAUUUAUUUCAGUAAUGUGAUCAGCAAGAGUGAUGUGAAGUCAUUAGCUGAAGCUGAUGAACAAGAAGUUGUGGCUGAGGUUCAGGAAUUUUAUGGUGACUACAUUGCUGUGAAUCCACAUUUGUUUUCCCUCAAUAUUUUGGGUUGCUGCCAGGGUCGAAACUGGGAUCCAGCCCAACUGUCCAGAACGACUCAAGGACUAACAGCUCUCCUUUUAUCGCUGAAGAAAUGUCCCAUGAUUCGUUAUCAGCUUUCAUCAGAGGCAGCAAAGAGACUUGCGGAAUGUGUUAAGCAAGUAAUAACUAAAGAAUAUGAACUGUUCGAAUUUCGACGGACUGAGGUUCCUCCACUGCUCCUUAUUUUAGAUCGCUGCGAUGAUGCCAUCACCCCAUUGCUAAACCAGUGGACAUAUCAGGCCAUGGUCCAUGAACUACUGGGCAUAAACAACAAUCGGAUUGACCUGUCCAGAGUGCCGGGCAUCAGUAAAGACUUAAGAGAAGUGGUCCUAUCUGCUGAAAAUGAUGAAUUCUAUGCUAACAAUAUGUACCUGAACUUUGCCGAGAUUGGUAGCAAUAUAAAGAAUCUCAUGGAAGACUUUCAGAAGAAGAAACCAAAAGAACAGCAAAAACUAGAAUCAAUAGCAGACAUGAAGGCCUUUGUCGAGAAUUACCCACAGUUCAAGAAGAUGUCUGGGACUGUGUCGAAGCAUGUGACCGUGGUUGGGGAGCUGUCUCGGCUAGUCAGUGAGCGGAAUCUGCUGGAGGUUUCGGAGGUUGAGCAAGAACUGGCCUGCCAAAAUGACCAUUCUAGUGCUCUCCAGAAUGUAAAGAGGCUCCUGCAGAACCCCAAAGUGACGGAGUUCGAUGCUGCCCGCCUGGUGAUGCUUUAUGCUCUACAUUACGAGCGACAUAGCAGCAACAGCCUACCAGGACUGAUAAUGGACCUCAGAAAUAAAGGUGUUUCUGAGAAAUAUCGAAAGCUCGUGUCUGCAGUUGUUGAAUAUGGGGGUAAACGGGUCAGAGGAAGUGACCUCUUUAGCCCCAAAGAUGCCGUGGCCAUUACCAAACAGUUCCUCAAAGGACUGAAGGGAAUAGAAAAUGUGUAUACUCAGCAUCAACCUUUCCUACAUGAGACCCUGGACCAUCUCAUCAAAGGAAAGCUUAAAGAAAACCUGUACCCUUAUCUAGGCCCCAGCACACUCAGAGACAGACCUCAGGAUAUCAUUGUGUUUGUCAUUGGAGGAGCCACCUAUGAAGAAGCUCUCACGGUUUAUAACCUGAACCGCGCCACUCCUGGAGUGAGGACUGUCCUGGGAGGAACCACAGUGCACAACACGGAAAGAGUUGUGGGUGCUCUGACAAAUGGACCUGGUCUCAAAUGUUCCCAGUGGUGAGAAGGUACAUCUGCAGCGGUUUCCAUUCCCAGAGGGAUAACCUCCCUUCAGACCUCUGUGUAAGUGACCGUACAGGCAGCUCUGUCCCUGAGGGUGUUUUGCCUGAGGACUAUGAAGGGAAUCCGUUCUCCUCCCAUGAUACUCCAGCGAAUGAGAUGCACGAUGCCGGAGACAUGCAGAAUCCCAUUGGUUGCUUUUUUGUCCUAUGUCCUCUCUGAGAGGAAAUAGGGCCAAGGGCUCCUGCCUCAUAUGUUUUGCUUUGCUUUUUGUUUUGUUUUGUUUUGUUUUCAUAAAUUAGGCAUCCACUAUUGAGAUGGGAACUGGGAAAGAGCAGCUACAUUUUUUAAUAGGCAGUUACAUUGUUUGUAAGAAAGUGCCACAGCAUAAAGUAACCUCAGUGGAAUUGGUCAUAAUCAAGGAAAUAUUUUAUAUCUUAAUUCACUGUUUUCCAAGGUCUGUUCCAUAGAAAUUUUGUUUGGGGAGAUAGCAACUGUAUCUUUCUCUUGGAAAGUCACAAUUCAUGUUAGCAUGUUAAAGAUUCUGAGAAACUCCAGAUAAAGAAACCCAUUCAGCUUUUUAUUUUGUCUUUACUGUAUUUUAAUAUCAUAUUUUAUAUUCAUAAAAGAAUAUAUGUAACAUGUUAGAAAGUAAGCCAAGAACUGGAAGGUUGCCAGUAAUGUGGAUCUGUGUUUCUAAUUAAUAUCUCUUAUCUCCCUACAACAGGUAAUCACAAUCCGAAAUUUUGUUUAGUUCCCUUGCUCUAGUGGGGGAGGGUUGUAUUUUUGUCACUUACCUAUGUAUUUCUAAACAGUGCAUUAUUUAGUUUUGCUCAUGUUCGACCUUUAUAAAAAUAAUGCACUUUUUUCACUCAA